UUUGACAAAAGGUAGAUUUAUUUACUGACAAUUAUUACUAUUAUUGGCAAAAUGAAGGAAUACAGCAGAUAGCAUGAAUGGUAAAUAUGAAAUAGAUUGGGAGAGCUUAUGAAAGACAAGUUCUUCAGCAGAACUCACAAUUACCCAGGAGAAAAGGGAGCAACCCCAUGAGAUUAAGGCAUGUCCUUAGCUGGCAGGUUAAAUCCUGAAAGGGACUCAAGGAGUUAGCUAGUUGUAAGGAGGACAAGUGGGGUUGAGAAGAGGAGUUAGGAGAGACUCCACAUGGCAUGGGGGAGGUAUGACUAGAAGGAAGGUUAACCCAAAGGAAGACAGCAGCAAAGGCAUGAUUUUAUAGGGGAAAUUUAACCUCAGGGACAUGAGUAGGAUUUUUGACACAAGAUGGCAAAGUGAGAUUGCUGGAAACCCCUACAGAGGAUGAGCCUCAGGAGUUUGACAAAACCUAGAUUUCUGACUGGAUGAUCUCCCCAGAGGAUGGGACCAAGAAACUAAACUGAUCUAUAUCACAAUCUUCUCCUUGCUUGCCUCAGGGAAUUUUUCUCAGUCCAACAUAACCAUUCGGGACCUUAUUAUUCUCCAUUGCUUUUACAAGUCUAGAUCAAAAUGAUACGUUUUGAUUUAUAAGGUUUGCCAAUUUCUCAGGUGUGAAAGUUCAGACAAAAUUUAACAAUUGGCCCUAGUGAACUUGCUGGCUCCAAUUGUACAAAACAAAACAGUUGUAUAAGAUGUAAUUUGAAAAAUAAAAACAUUCCAAUCUCUUUUCCAGCUUUCUGAAAUGCUGGGUCUACCCUGUUACAUUUGGAUGCGUGAAAUUGGGGGCUGGAAAGGAAGAGAGAAGCAGAUUGGGGAACAUAUGGUUGGGAAGCAGUUUAAUGACAUUUUCUCUAGGAAGCCUUUUCUGAUCAUCUCAACUUCUAUUGCCUUUACUUCCCAACCACUUUAACCACUUUAGAUUUAACUAUCUUUAUUAUCUCUUCCUUCUUAUUCUGCAUAUAUUUAUAUAUGGCCACUGGUCUCCCCCUUUAGAAUGUAAGCACAAUAGGGAUUAUUUCAUUCUUUGUGUUUGGCAAAUAGUGGGUUUUUAAUAAAUGAUUGGGGCCACUAUCUUGGGAUCAAGCCUGAGUUCAAAUCUGGCUUCACUCACUCACUAGAUAUGUGACCCUGGGCAAGUCACUUAAUCUUUUUUGCUUCAGUUUCCUUAUCUGUCAAAUGAGCUAGAGAAGGAAAUGGUAAACUACUCCAGCAAAUUGUCAAGAAAAUGCAGAGUAACAGGCAACUGAAAAUAACUGAUUAACAACAAUAAACUGAUCAACUGAUGUAACCCAGUGACCCUUACUACUCCCCCCACACCCUGUUCUAGGUCUAUUUGGUUGUAUUUUUUUCUUUCCCUGAAAUCACUUUCCUCCAUGCCAUCUUUUUCUCUCCCUGCUGUCUUCAUUCACCUCUAGUUCCCUAAGUGAACAAACCCAGUCCUUCAAAUUGUUCACACCAGCCCAGAAGCAUUUGGGCCAUCUUCAGUCUUACUGAUAUCUUGCCUUUGAUUCCAGAUGACUCCAGAGAGUGUGAAGCUGGUGACUUGGCCUUGCUCUCACUUAAAUCCAUUCACUUUCAAGUCAGGACAUUUCCUUCCUGAUAAUGUGUUUCUCGUCUAGAAAGAAAGACAAUCAACAAACCUGCCAGGAUAUUUCCAACAUUAGAAAGAGCAAACUGCAUCAACUGACAAUUCAUUUUUUUAAAGUUCAUAGACAAUAGUAGGAUGAAAACAUUUACUUGAAUGUAAAAAGUUUUGCCUAAAUUGACACUUCGGGCAUUUGCCUAGUAGCUCAGCAUCACUCUUCAGGAGUUUUUUGACUAUUUUGAAUAGUCUACACACUUAGUGCCAGGCUUUUACGUCAGGAACACUCAUCUUCCUGAGUUCAAAUGUGUCUUUAGAAAACUAGCUGUGUUGUCGGAGCAAGUCACUCAACUCUGCCGCAGUUGCCGCAUCUGUCAAACGAACUGGAGCAGGAAAUGGCAAGCCACUCCCUUAAUCUUAAACACAACAGACAGAACUGAUUUCAAAAUAUUGUAUGCAUUUAAGAGUAUUAUUUUGGGAAGGACCUUGGGCUUCUUCAUACUGGGAAAGAAGUCCAGGCCAUAAAGGCCAGGCUGAGGGAGUGGGCAACUUCUCUGAGAUAAUUGGCCCAGCAAAGCGCAUGCGCCUUUACUCAAAUGUGUCUCAGGCUUCCUUCUGAGUUGCGCAAAAAAACUUUGAAAGGCGGUUAUGUAGCCUCAGUUCAGCUGACCUCGGGCCUGGCCGGGAGGGUCAGUAGAGUUCUCGUUGGCUUCUGACUGUCCACUCGCUUCUCCAGCUUGCUGCGCAAGUGUCUGGGAUGCUGUCCGGGCCACAGUGCCCGAAAUGCCAGUGCCGCCUCCUGCUAUUGCUGCUGCUGGCGGUAGCUGCGCCCGGGAACAGCCGGCCGUACUCCGCCAGCUUCAGUUUGGCUGGCAGCUGGUUUCUGCGAAGCCAGGACGGCUCCUUAGAGGUGGAGGGGCAGGUCCCGGGCUGCGUGCACAGCGCCCUCUUCCAGCACGGCGUGAUUCAGGACCCUUAUUAUAGAUUUAAUGAUCUGAAUUACAGUUGGAUCUCCUUGGAUAACUGGACCUAUAGCAAGGAAUUUAGGAUUCCCUUUGACUUCAGCAAAUUGCAAAAAAUAAGCUUGAUUUUUGAGGGAGUUGAUACAGUCGUAGAAGUGCUGCUCAAUAAUGUUACUAUUGGGAAAACAGACAACAUGUUCACUAGAUAUACCUUUGAUAUUACUAAAGAAAUCAGAGAGCUCAACAUCAUCAAGCUUCAUUUCCAGUCAGCAGUUUUAUAUGCUGCUCAGCAAAGCCAGGCUCAUAGAGAAUACCGGAUACUACCUGAAUGCCCUGAGCCUGUCCAGAAAGGAGUGUGCCAUGUUAACUUUAUUCGAAAGGAACAGUGUUCAUUUAGCUGGGACUGGGGUCCUUCCUUUCCUACUCAAGGAAUAUGGAAAGAUGUUAGAAUUGUGGCCUAUGAUAUUUGCCACUUGGAUGACUUCACCUUUACUCCUACUUAUGUCAACAGUUCCAGAGAGUGGAAUCUUAAAAUAGAAGCUUAUUUUGAUGUGGUUAGCUCAAAACCAUUUGGUGGUCAAGUAACUGUGAGCAUUCCAGGUUUGCAAACCCACCAGAUAUAUGACAUUGAACUUUAUCCUGGGAAAAGCAUGAUUUCAUUGCUUCUGAACAUCAACAAGAACACUACAGUGGAGACAUGGUGGCCUAAUGGACAUGGAAAUCAGACUGGAUAUAAUAUGGCAGUAACUUUUAAACUGGAAGGAGGCUAUCAUAUUAAAAAAUUAGCUAAGGUUUAUUUCCGGACAGUAGAACUUAUAGAGGCUCCAAUAGCUGGGUCCUCUGGCUUAAGUUUCUACUUCAAAAUUAAUGGACUUCCCAUAUUUAUCAAAGGAUCUAACUGGAUUCCAGCAGAUUCCUUCCAGGAUAGAGUAACCUCAGACUUAUUACGACUUCUUUUGCAAUCUGUUGUGGAUGCUAACAUGAAUACUCUACGAGUUUGGGGAGGGGGUGUUUAUGAGCAAGAUGAAUUCUAUGAAAUCUGUGAUGAACUGGGACUAAUGAUAUGGCAGGACUUUAUGUUUGCCUGUGCUCUUUAUCCUACUGACCAGGCUUUUGUUGAUUCAGUGAGAGCAGAAGUUGUUCAUCAGAUCAGAAGAUUGAAAUCUCACCCAUCCAUCAUCAUAUGGAGUGGUAACAAUGAAAAUGAAGCUGCUUUGGCAGAGAAUUGGUUUUCUGUGCCAUCCAGUAAACGUCAAAUCUACUUCAGAGACUAUGUGACAUUGUAUGUGAAAAAUAUCAGAGAAAUUGUCCUGGCAGAGGACCAGACUCGUCCUUAUAUCACAUCUAGCCCCACAAAUGGAGCAGAAUCCAUUUCAGAAGGCUGGAUUUCCCGUAAACCCUAUGACACCCAUUUUGGUGAUGUACAUUUUUAUGACUAUGAAAGUGACUGCUGGAAUUGGAAGGUAUUUCCUAAAGCUCGAUUUGUUUCUGAAUAUGGCUAUCAGUCCUGGCCUUCCUUCAGUACAUUGGAAAAGGUUUCCUCUGCUGAAGAUUGGUCUUACAAUAGCAGUUUUUCAUUGCAUCGACAGCAUCAUAAAAAUGGUAAUACUGAGAUGCUUAACCAAGCUGCCAUACAUUUCAAACUUCCUCAAAACUCGGAUCCAUUGAUUAUGUUCAAAAACACACUGUACCUUACACAGGUGAUGCAGGCCCAGUGUGUAAAGACAGAAACAGAGUUUUAUCGACGAAGCCAGAGUGAAGUAAUAGAUGGUGAGGGCCACACCAUGGGGGCCCUUUAUUGGCAGUUGAAUGACAUCUGGCAGGCCCCUUCCUGGGCUUCUCUAGAAUAUGGAGGCAAAUGGAAAAUGCUUCAUUACUUUGCUCAGCAAUUUUUUUCUCCUCUGUUGCCAGUUGGCUUUGAAGAUGAUGGCAUAUUUUAUAUCUAUGGUGUCUCAGACCUCCACUUGGACUACAUGAUGACACUUACAGUGAGUUCCUUAGCUUCUUGGUUAAAGAAGGCAGAAAGACAGAAGGAACAAGAAGUGAGAGUACACCAGUGGAGCUCUCUGGAGCCUGUGUGCUCUCGUAGAACUGAAUUUUUGGUGGUCAAGGCAGGACAGGCAACCCCCCUCUACAAGGAGCCGGUGAUGGAACUACUGAAAAGGUGUGGCCAGUGCAUGAGACAAAGCUGUGUCAUCUCCUUUGACCUGACAGCUGGUAGUGAGUUUUCAAGCCCCACCAACCAUCACUUCCUAUCCUCCUUGAAGGAUGCUGUAGGGCUAGAGAAGGCACAGAUCACUGCCAAGAUAACCCAGCAAGGAGAUGUGUAUAGUUUUGAACUCAAAACCACGGCUGUUGCUCCUUUUGUGUGGCUGGAUGUAGGAAAUAUAGCAGGAAGAUUUAGUGACAAUGGUUUCCUCUUGACAGAGAAGAGGAAAACAAUAUUAUUCUACCCUUGGAAGUCCACCAGCAUUACCAAACUUGAAAAAUCUCUUCACUUGAUUUCAUUGGCAGACAUUUACUGAAGAAAUUUCAGUUUUUUCGGUGAUCAAAAGAAAAAAGAAAAAAUCAAACCCCAAAAUCAUAUGAUUAUAUAUGUGCUAGAAAAACUUUUGAAAAAUAUAACACUCCUAUUUAUAUUAAUGGCACUGGUAAGCAUGGGAAUAAAUGGAUUUUUCUUUAAUAUAAUUGUGAUAAGAAUAGUACUUCCUACAGCCCUAUCAUAUAGCCUGGACUAUUUUUCCCCCUAAGAUCCUACCUCAUGAAGGCAUUGAAAUCAUCCUUAAUUGCCUAGCACAUGGAACAGAAGAACUUUAGAACUUCCUAAUCAACAAGGUACCAUGACUUCCUUGACAAGGUCAAGGAAUUCCAACUAUUCACCUGAGUGGGCUUCUCUUAUUGAGAAUUAUAAUAGAUAAUGCAGAAGCAGGAAAGUUAGGCUUAGCUGAAUCCAUGCAGGAGAUGAAACUGUCUACUCAGUCCCUGAAUAUGAAGGAGGGAAGACUGAUUGUGGGGUUGGAAAAUCUCAGCCUGUGAGCUAGGAAACACUAGGUUUCCUGGUUAUAAGAUUUUUUUUUUUUUUGGUAUCAACCCUUAUAUUGGACCUGGCUGCAUUGGAGAGAGCAAAGACUUUUUGUUACCUUACUCCUUGACCCUUGUUGAAGAUUUAUGACUAUAAGAAAUGUCACCUUGUAGCCCUGAUAUUUUGCUUCUCUUCAUCAUUACUUAUUCACUAUUGGGGUAGUUUACUUAGAGAAUUCAGGAGCUUGAAUUGAAAAAGAACUGAAAUAAUCACUUCACAAAGUAUGUUGCAAUUUAAAUUUAACAAAAAGGUAAAGUCAGGCAUGUUUCUUGAAGCAAGUGUCAUUGAACAGAGACAUGCUAUUUGUCAGCAAAAGGGUCAAUGGCUAUUUCAGUUUCUAGCCAAAGACCCAGACUGAAGCUACAACUCAUAAGCAUAGAACAAAAAAAAAAAAAAAAAAAAAAAAAAAAAAAAAAAAAAAACUAUACCUGUAGGUAGAUGAUGUCUUGGAAUUGAGGACAAGAUGAUUGGUUAUAUAGGUGAUGUAUAGAGAAUGACAUGAUUAGUUAGAAAUUUGAUGAGAGGCUAACAACAAUCUCCCUCUUUCCCUCUACUGACUAAGAAGUGUUAUUUAUUUGAGUCUAACUGCAAGGUUUAGAGAUAAUAGACCAAACUUUUUAGAAAGCAAACUAUAUUCUUGAAAGAUAGCUUGUGUGUGAAAAAAUACUAGAUCAGAAUCCCUUAGCCACAUCCGCCAAGGUUAGCUAAAUUCCUUGAGGCAAAAAAAUAGAACAGUAAUUAGCUGGAAAACCCAAUUUCUAAACUUAUUCUAUUACAAUGGCUGACUUCUGAACUAAGUUCAGAGGCAGAGACUUAUGACUUAAGCAACUACUGGCAAAAGCAAUCAACUGUAAAUGGGAUCAAACAGAAAUUAAAUGUAAACCAACAUCUUUCAUCAUAUAUCACAAUAAGCUAGAAAUGGAUACAUGGCCUAUUUUGGAAAAGGUCAUACAAACAAAUUAAGAGAAGAAUUGUGUUGGGUCAAUUUUCUGGACUUGUGCAUUAUGGCAUUGGAAUUAAGUUACCAGGAAGUCAUUCUGAGCUCACAAUGAUUAGCAUAGUUGAUAGAAUGGCCUUAGUACUUUUUAAAGAAAAGAACUAGCCCAUCCCAUAUGACAGAAUUAUGGGUAAUGGAGGAGAAUUCUUGACUAAACAAAGGACAGAGAUGAUCAUUGAAAAUAAAAAGGAUAAUUUUGAUUAUAUAAAAUUGAAAAGCUAUUGCACAAAUAAAAUCAAAGCAGUCAGAAUUAGAAGGGUCAAUUAUUUUGGAAAAUACUUAUAGCAAAUGUCUGAUAAAAUAGUUGUUUCAAACUAAUUUUUUUAAAAUUCUAAGCAUUUAAAUAGUAUUUUAUUUUUUCAAAUCUUAUACAAAGACAAUUUUAACAUUUGGGUUUUUUUUUGUCAUUGAUAUUGUUUAUUUAGUUCUUUAAAAAAAUUUUUUUCAAUAGAAUUUUAUUUUUCCAAAUACAUGUGAAGAUAAUUUUCAAAAUUCGUUUUUGUAAGACUUAGUGUUCCAGAUUUUUCUCCUUUUAUUCCUUAUCUCCUCUUAAGGUUCAAUAUAUACAAUUCUCUUAAACAUAUUUCCAUAUUUUUCAUGUUGUACAAGAAAAAUCAGACCAAAAAGGAAAAAAAAAAAAACCAAGGUAGGAAUACUAUGUUUUGAUCUAUAUUCAGUCUCCAUAGUUCUCUCUUUGGAUAUGGAUGCCAUUUUCCAUCCCAAAUCUAUCCUUGAAUCAUCAUAUUAUUGAGAAGAGUUAAGUCCAUCACUUUUAAUCAUCAUUUAAUCUUAUUAUUGUGGGCAAAUACUGUGGGUUCUCUUGGUCCUGCUCAAUUUACUCAGCAUCAAUCUAUGUAAGUCUUCCAGGCUUUUCUGAAAUCAGCCUGCUCAUUAUUUCUUAUGGAACAAUAAUAUUCUAUUCAUAUAACUUAUUCAGCCAUUUCUCAGUUGAUGGGCAUCUAUUUAUUUUCCACCACACCACAAAAAGGGCUGGUACAAAUAUUUUUGUACGGGUCUUUUUCCCCUCUUUUAUGAAAUCUUUGGGAUCUAGACCCAGUAGUGCCACUGCUGAUCAAAGGGAAUUAGCAUUUGUUUUUAUUAUUAUUAUUAUUACAUUUUAAAAAUAAUUAUAACUUUUUAUUGACAGAAUCCAUGCCUGGGUAAUUUUUUAUAACAUUAUUCCUUGCACUCACUUCUGUUCCCACUUUCCCCCUCCCUCCCUCUACCCCCUCCCCGAGAUGGCAAGCAGUCCUAUAUAUGUUAAAUAUAGCAUUUGUUUUUACAAAAUUUUUGAGUUCCAAAAUUUUCUUCUUUUUUCCUUCCUUUCCUCUUUCCUAAAAUGUAAAACAAUUUGAUAUAGGUUAUAUAUGUGCAAUCAUGUAAAACAUUUCCAUAUUAGUCAUAGUUGUGAAAGAAGAAACAGACUAAUGGUGAUGGGGAGGGGGGAGAGACACAGUAUCCUUUGAUCUGUAUUCAGAGACCAGGUUUUUCCAUUGAGUCCUUUGUAAUUGUUUUGGAUCAUUGUCUUGCUGAAAAGAGACUAUUUAUUGUUGAUCGUCAAACAAUGUCAUGUUAUUGUAAAUAACCGAUUUCACUUUGUAUCAGUUCAUAUAAAUCUAAGUUGUUCUGCUUGCCUACUUUUGCACAAUAGUAUUCCAUUACUUUCCAUUAAUAAUACAUCCAUUAUAUGCACUACAGCUUGUUCAGCUAUUCCCCAGUUGAUGGACAUCCUUUCAAAAUCCCUUUGCCACAAAAAAAUAGCUAAUAUUAAUAUUUUUGUAAAUGUAAGUAUUUUUCUUUCUUUUAUUAUGAUCUCUUUGAAAUACAGACCUCGUAGUAGUA